UUACAUAAAUCCGGGGCCGACCUAAUGUUUCGCGAUUCUGAGGGCCGCACCUUAUUGUAUCACGCUGUCACCUUGGGAAGCAAGGAGAUUGUGAAGUAUAUCCUUGACAAUGCCUCUCCAGAGAUACUGGACCUAACAGAGAAGGAGAAUGGUGAGACGGUCCUACACAAAGCAGCGGCACUCCGACAUCGAACCAUAUGCCACUUUCUUGUGGAAGCUGGUGCUUCAUUAAUGAAGACUGAUUUGCAGGGCGACACGCCGAAAAACAAAGCAGAGAAGGCCAUGGACCUGGAGCUGGCCGCAUACCUGGAGAACCGGCAGCAUUACCAGAUGAUUCAGCGAGAGGAUCAGGAGACAGCUGUGUAGCGCUGACGAGGAGCUGAUGGCAAAUCUCCACCCCCACCCUCUUCACCCACUCCCCAAAGACUGCAUGCCCGCUGCCAUUUGUGACAACAUGGCUCGGUGGUGUUUCCACCAUCGGUCAGCCUCUUUGUGUGUGUGUGUGCGCGUGAGCGUGUGGAUGUGUGUAUGUUUGUGUGCGUGUGUGUGUGUUUUGUUUUUUUAUUCUCCCCUCUUGGCUAAACCCACACCCUGGAACAAACAGGUGCCAAAACCAAAACUGGCAACAUGGCAGUCACUGGGUACCAAACAACGGUUUGAUCCUAACAAUGGUAACAGUCUGCCAGGUUGUUCCUCACCAAUGCGAUGGGUGGACAGGCAAAGUUGAUGGCUUCUCAUGAAGUUAGCUACUUGUGGUGAUGCAUUGGCACUCGUAACUUUAUGCUGUUUAAAUUGCACGUUACGUGGUUGCACUAUGUAGCCUCUAUUUCUGUAUCUGGGAUAUGCCCAGUGCUGUUUUUGCUGCUGAGACAGUAGCAACUCGAGAAGUAAUAUAAAAAAGAUCCAAGGUGAAUGCUCACUACUUUGUAGAGGGCAAGUGUACUAUAGUGCAAACUGAAAAUAUUAAUAUGGAUCUGACGUCUCUAUUUUACAGCUGUAUUUUUAAGAGAAAACUGCGUGGAAAAGCAUACUUUUUUGUGCACAUUGGAACUUUUAAUUGUGAGGAUGCUGUUUAAUGUUAAUUUGAAUGAUGUCUGCUGCAAACUCACUGGAGUCUAAAAGGCAGUGUGAUCAGGCUUUCGUAAUGUUUACAGUGCAGUGUGAGAGGGGAGGGGAAUAGGGUAGUUACAGCAAACAUCCAUUCUUAAUCACCAGGCGUUAAUAAUGUCCAACGAGAUGGAUAAGAUUGAGAAGUAGAACGGAGAGCAAUUUGGCAGAUGUAGGCUAACAUCUGGUAUCUAGGACCUCACCUCCCACUGAAGAAUUGGCUUACUUGUGAGAGAUGGGGUCAGCUAAAUCCAUCCUCCUUUUACAGACAUUUACAAAGUACCUUAUUAACAUGCUUUGUGUUUCUUUUUAAAUGAAUCCAAGUUGUUACUUUUAUUUGGGCAUUCAGGAGAAAGAGUGUGAAUCUCAAAAACCGCGGGUCAAAUUUUCCAGACACCUGCAACCUUCAUACUGGGCCAUUGUAGUGAGAAAGCUGUCCAAUUCAGUCAAGUUUCUACAGAGAGGUUUUAAGAGGGCACCCCUAUGUUUAAUCCCAGUUAAUGAGUGAAAAUAUGAACAUAUGAUUUACAACGCUUCCCAGGCUGGUGUUUGAUGAUGUCUAACAGAUGGAUUUGUUGAGAGUUGCUCUUGGCUUCCCCAAUAGAUCAGUUGGUUGAAAUACAUCGACCUGUGUGAUCCUGAGUCCCACAGACCGGGCAUGCCCCAGAUUCUACUCUUAGUCUGUGCUGAUAUCUCAUCAAAUCUGACACAGUGGGUCUAAGAUCCCUAAGCCAACAGGUGGGUGUUGUGGAGCUUAGCCUUAAAAAGUCUUUCAUUUCCUGACCACUGCAAGAAUUGUAAUCAAUGCCCCUUCCCUAGCAACCAUAUACAACCUAACUUGGACAUUAUAGGUAGUGCGCAAACAACUUGGCCAAGCAAAUGGAAUGUUUGGAAUGUUUUAUUAUAGAUUCCCCUAUUACUGCACCCGCCUAUGUGCAUUGUGGCUAAUUUAAAGUGUAUUUUUUCAUUCUGCUGUACCUCAUCCAAAUGGAGCAUUUUUUUUCAAAAACAUUGAAAAUUUUAAAGUAUAAUUUAAUCAGCUCCCAAGGGCACUAAUCCAUCAGAAAGGAAUCAUAGCACUUGAGCUAAAUAGUUUGAUGGUAAUCAUCUUAAAAUAUUAAAACCCUUCUCCUUGUGUUUUCCCUUGCUAUGAAAAGCCAAUUUUGUGUCUUGCAAUCUUCACAAGACUUUCCUGUGACACAAAAGUUACAAAUAAUCAAAACAUGUACUUCUUGAAGUUUCCAAAUGGUGAUUCCGCAACAUUGGAGAUCCCUAAUCCCACCUUAACUUUCCUAUCCUGCCUUCGGAUUUUCUCAUAAGCCGUCUCUGAGAAGCUUUUGAACAUUCUUCCUUCUCUUUAGAUUGAAAUGUUUCUGAUUUUUCUCACCUUGAAAGAUUCCUUUAUGUCGAAGCCUAUCUAUAAAUGCAGGUGGCUGUUACUGUUGAAAAGACGUAACUCUGGUGAAUGACUGGUAGCGAGUAACUACCCUGCCAUCAGUCACAGGUAGACACCUUUAGAUUAUGCAGGUCCCAAGCCAUGAAACCCAUCAGUCUCAAUUUCAAAAAGGUUUCCAUAGCAAAAAUCUAGCAUAGUGUGAGCGAUCAGGAAAAGAAGUGUCUGAUUUAUAUAGAAGGGCGCUCAGCCUAUCACACUGGUACACCCAAUUUUCCUUUCAAAAUAUCCAACUAGUUGUAUAUUUAGCUCUGGUGAUUCUAGUAAUUGGUUUAGAAUAAUAUAUAUCAUAUGACUUGACAUCAACUGAACACCAAGAUAGUACCACUAUAGGGAUAAAGGACGUUUUCAUUGCAUCAUAUGAUGAAGGGAAAGGAGCCCUGACUUUGUGGAGAUAAUUUAGUGGGGAUGAAAAAAUGACAUGGGGAUAUACAAUAGACAGCAGAAUCUGUAUCAACAGUUUUACACCAUUGCCAAAAGACCAACUCACCCGCAUGUCGAUACUCAAAAUGAAUGGAUUUAAUAAGAAAAAAACAAAGGUUUACAGACUCUCUGUCUCUGAUCUUACCUGGAAAACUAACACACUGCCAGGAGGAAGGGAAGGAUUGAAUCCUCUGCCACACUGUCCUUAAAGCUGUCAUCCAGGACUGCAGACAAGACAGAGAAAGUGACGCUCCACACGAGUGGAGUGGAGACAGGCUGCUCCAUUCUCUGCUAUCAGCUGUGUAAAUAGGUUCCUUUGAACAAAACAAAAGAAGUCUGUCUGGUUGUAAAUUUUCCAAGAUCGUACAGUUAUUGUAAUAUUCCCAUGAGAGUCUCUUGAUGUGUAUCUGUGACUUUUUUUGUGUGUAUAAUUACUUAAAUUUGGGCCCGUCUUUUGUAGAUUGGUAUAUCUUCAACGAUUGGCGGUUGUUUUUAUAUUUGCAGUUUGUGUGCGUGUAUGUUUCUGAAACAGAUGCCUUGAUUUGCCUUGUGUCAAAUGAGUUGAUGCAACCGUGUUGUUCCUACUUGAAACUGUGAACCAAGUCCCAGCGUGUUCCUCACUGGGCUCAUUGUGAAGCUUUCCAGUCAGUGGACCAUGUAGCACAGUAUGUUCUUAGCACCAGAGUAGAUAUCACAGGUGAAGGAAUUGAUUCAGACAAAUUAGUCGUCAUGCUUUCCAUUAUCUUCUUCCCCCCAAACCCCACCAAUACAAAAUGGACUGGCAGCGGGAAGGCAGGAGAAAUGUUACAGGUGGAGUCCGCUGCUGGUUCCUGAAGAACUGCUCCCAGUUUGAUAACUGUAACUUGCUAAUUACACUGGAUGAUAUUGUCGGAUGAACGGUUGACACAUUUUUAUUAAAUACCCCAGUAUCCUGCCUCAAUGCAGACAGCAAUCCAAUGCAAAAUGAAAGCUGACAAAGGAAUUAGAUGCAAAUACGUCACACCAUGGCUCAUACUCAUAAAGAAGAGAAUCCAAGUAGUAUGGAGACAGUAGGACUGCAGACGCUGGAAGCCAGAGUCAAUAAUGUGGAGCUGUAAGAACACAGCAGGUCAGACAGCAUCCGAGGAGCAGGGAAGUCAACGUUUCAGCGAAACCCUUCGUCAGGACUCCCAGUUUGGUCUAUGUAUUUUCUUUUGUUGAUUUAGUAAUGUGUUUUAGCCCUAUUUAAACAUCUUUGAUUCUCAAACUCAAACAUGCUAGGAAAUGAUUGAUACUUCUGCUGAAGACAGUAGGGGAGGGACAAGGAGUAAAAGAUUGGUGGAGAUGGAGCCCAAAGAGUGAGAACAGCAGUUGGUCAGACAAAGCAAUGAAUAAUGGUUAGCCAGGGAGAAAUAAAAGCUGCUAAUGAGGACCAUUGGUCGGUGAAAAUGGGUCGGCUGGGAUGUUGGAUAAGGGCAUAGGAGAAGGUGCUCAGGCCCUAAAAUUAUUGAACUUGAUAUUGAGUCCUGAAGGCUGCAUGGUCCCCAAGUGGAAAAUGAGGUGCUGUUGUUCUGGCUUAUGCUGAGCUUCACUGUAGCACCGCAGUGAGACUGAGAUGUUGGCCAGUGUCCACCAUGUUCCCAUCUAUGCCAUGGGUUUAUUUUUUUUUUUUGCAAUUAUCCUAUGGGAAGUUUCCUAUACAAUCACAUUUAUAAUGAUUGGAAAUGAGUGCAUCUUCUUUCCUGAGAUGCUAGUAAAGGGGAGGGAGGUGAUAUACAAGUUAGAACAGCUUGGAAAAGGGGAUUCACUAAAGACACUGGGAGUUGGAGGUUAGAAUAGAGCUGUAUGUUAGGUGUUACCUCUGGGAUCAAUCAGAUUUAGCCUAUACUGAUAAGACACAACGUUCUUCCACUAUAUUCCAGAGUAAGUGAGUAGAACAAGUUUAAUCAUUCUGCCCUAAUUAGGAAUGUUAUUUAAGAGAGACCCUGGGGGUUUGUUAUCGGAGCUGGGUGGAGGGUGGAACCUCACUUUAGCAGCGGAAGGACCAAGAAUUCUUCAGUGGAACUGAAGCACAUUUUGGGGGAAAUUGCAAGCAAAUUUAAGACCAUAUGAUGUAGGUGCAGAUGUAGGCCAUUCAACACAUCAAGGCUGCCCCACCAUUUAACCUCCUCAUGGCUGAUCUAAACAUUCUCCUACGCAUUAAAAAUCUAUCUAUCUCAACUUUGAAUAUGAAACAUAAUGCCCAACUAAAAAUUUGAACCCUCAGAUUAAGAAUCUGAAGUUCUACCAACUGGGCUGAUCUGGAUUCGAACCUGCAACCUCUCACUUAUCAUUGUACAAUACAUCCCAAAGUGAGGACCAUAUCUCUAAACCAACUUUUUUGCGUUCAGUGUCUCUAUAACUGAUGUGGGGAGUGAUGACUCUCAGUGCUCCAUUCUCCAGCAUUACCAUCUUUUGCUUUGAUGAGUGCAAAGUUCGCAGCAACUGAAAAUGCACCUGAAAGAGAGAGCAGUUUUGAUGCCAUCCCCAGUCAUUGUCUCACUCAGCUGUGAUAACGCUAGUCUCACUCUCCCUAUUGGCACUGAAGCAUAGUUUUAACUUUUGGUCUGUGUUGGUCACAGGGUGCCUGCACUUGGGAGAGGAACGCUCAGCAAGAUGUCCCGCUCUUUCUCACUAACCAAUGAGCUCUAUAUGUGUGGGUGCAUGUGAGGAUUUGAAUUGAGCUUGUUUGUGUCACACUGACUCAUAAAUAGUGGACACUCAAGUGAUCUUUCAUCACUCCCCAUCCAACAGGGCAAAAACAUUGUGGAAAUAGUGGAAGAGUUGUCACUUCCUUGUCAUCUCCCAUCCUCCAGAUCGCGAAAGAAAACAUCGAGUGACCUUAGAAGUGCCUCUGUAUACUGAUGGGAUGGUUUAUAUCAGAAUGAAGUCCUUUUGACAGGAAGCUGUUAUUCAUGACAUGAUAAAAGAUGUGAGGAAAGGCUGUGUAUUGCUGACUUAGUGAGCAACAAGUCGGGACUUUGUAUAAACAUCCAUUUACUGGGUUGCAUAUAAAUGGAUUCGAUUGUAUUUGCAUCAGACUGGACCAAUAAAAAGAUGCAUAAAUGACUGAA